UUGUGGAUCAUCUUCUCGCACCGGCUGCGGGAGUCUGCAGGAGUGACUGGAAGGUGUCAUUUGCAGUUGGAAGAUGCCCAGAUUGCCACUUGAUGCUGUGUUAAUAGGAGGGUUAAUAGGAUUUGGGGGUGGGGUAGCUGAGUUGGAGUGUUGGGGGGGUGUGGGAACGAGAGGAGAAUGAAUGAAAACAACCCUAUUAUUUUAGGAUAGCUAUUGCCUAGUGUGCUGCUGUCUGGAGGACAAGGCUGCUCGAGUGUCCGUUUGAAAUCAUACAUUUAUUGAUAAAAGAGAUGAGAGAGAGUAAAACACUCCUUUGCAGUUGCUGAGGUUCCCGCCAUGUUCCUUGGCUGCAGAUAUAUUGACUGCAGCAACUUAACUGGUGUCUUGGUAGCUUGGUCAUCUCCCCCCUUUUUUUGAGAUGCUCUGAAUUUCCAACUGGAGUCUUGGAUUAUGAUGCGAACCACUCGUCCAGGUCUCGGCGCCAGCGCAUUGAGAUUGGGGUGAACUUUUAUUUAAGGGACCGCGACACAUUUGGCGGACAGCGAGAGAGACCCCUGGAUAGGCCACAGAAAGAGAGAGACAGAAGUCGAAAUCUAAUGCAAAACACGUUCGAUAAAAGCAGAGUGAGCUGCCAGUGCCGGAGCAAGAACGAUGUCAAGAAGGUACCGUGGGCAGACACAAUCCGUUUCAACUUGAUGCAAAAUCCUGUAAUUGACGCCUGGCUGUUUCCAAAUGCAUCUGGUCAUCCCUGUGUAUGUGUGCGUGAGCGUGAAAGGAUUUUGUGUUAAAUACGCUUUGACAAAAAAAGGGGAGUAAUUCUGCUUUUGUACGGCUUCUCCCAGAAUAUUCAGAAGGUGGAGCGAUUAAAGGACUGAUGACGGACCUAUUAAUCCCUUCGAUGCAUCAAAACACGCCGGGAAUUGUGGCAACAUUUAUGUGGGAAUCAUGGGGACAUUCUGAUCAACCUGGAGCCCUGUGCGAAACUGCUGGGGAUUAGGUUGGGUUGAGUUUUGAAAACCCACAAACACAUACACACCUCUACACAUGAAUGUCUCUCCAGACACAGCGUUCCAGACGGGAGCUGGGGACGUGGAUAAGCUUGUGUGAGCAUCUUUCUUCCUGAAUUCAUUCAACCAUCCCAUCCCAUCCAUCUCCCGUCAGCCUGUCAGCUUCGCAUUGCUUCAAUGGAAUUGGUUUGGAUUGGAGCCCCUUGCAUUAGAAUCAGACAUGGUCCAUGGGUAUCAGCACGGAUUGCUUCACGUUGUAUCAAGUCUUAUCCUGCUAGGACUCUGUGUGUCAACAAAAAAGACAUCAGACAAAUCAACCUCUUCAAAGUCAGUGCAAUGUGGCUCUUGGAUCAAAAAUCCAGAUGGUGGCUUCUUCACAUCCCCCAAUUAUCCAAACAAGUACCCUCCUGACAGAGAGUGCACAUACAUCAUUGAAGCUGCACCAAGACAAAGCAUUGAACUUUACUUUGAUGAAAAGUACUCCAUUGAACCUUCUUGGGAAUGCAAAUUUGACCAUAUUGAGGUGCGAGAUGGACCUUUUGGAUUUUCUACUGAGGUUGGACGUUACUGUGGUCAAAAUAUUCCACCUUUUAUAACAUCAUCGGGUAGAUAUUUAUGGAUUAAAUUUGUUGCUGAUGGUGAGCUUGAAUCUAUUGGAUUUCUGGCAAGAUACAACUUUAUACCAGAUCCUGAAUUUGCACACCUUGGUGCCCUGAAACCAUUGCCAGCAUGUGAGUUUGAAAUGGGAGGACCUGAGGGGAUCAUUGAAUCAAAACAAGUCGUACAAGAAGGCAAAGCCAGUCCCACAGAGGCAGUCGAUUGUAAAUGGUACAUUCGAGCACCACCAAAGUCCAAGAUUUAUUUGAGAUUUCUUGACUACGAGAUGGAGAAUUCAAAUGAAUGUAAGCGCAAUUUUGUGGCAAUAUAUGAUGGAAGCAAUGCAGUGGAGGAUCUUAAAGCCAAAUUCUGCAGCACUGUAGCCAAUGAUUUGAUGCUUCGCACAGGGUUAGGCGUCAUUCGUAUGUGGGCUGAUGAGGGAAGUCGGAGCAGUCACUUCCAGAUGCUUUUCACAUCCUUUCAAGAACCCCCCUGUGAUGGUAGCGCAUUCUUUUGUCACAGCAACAUGUGCAUCAACAACACAUUGGUCUGCAAUGGCGUCCAAAACUGCGUAUAUCCUUGGGACGAGAAUCACUGUAAAGAGAAAAGAAAGGUUAACCUACUGGACCAGCUUAACAACACCAGUGGGACUAUAAUUGGAGUCACAUCUUUCAUUGUGAUUAUUCUCAUUGUUAUCUCUGUAAUAGUUCAGAUCAAACAGCCACGCAAAAAAUACGUCCAAAGAAAACCAGACUUUGACCAAACAGUUUUUCAGGAGGUUUUUGAGCCUACGCAGUACGAGCUCUGUUCACUAAAAGGAAAAGGGGCUGCAGCUGACCUAGGGGACAUUGUCGACGACUUUGAGAAUUACCAUAAACUGAGGCGAUCGUCUUCUAAAUGCAUUCACGACCAUCACUGUGGUUCCCAGAUAUCAAGCAUUAAAGGUAGCCGUAGUAACCUCAGCACCCGUGAUGCCACCAUCCUCUCAGAUAUACAGCCACAGCCAGUGAAGCCCAGUGUCCAGCCUUUAAGCAGGCGGAGUAUCCUAGUCAUGAAGCACAGCUACUCACAGGACGCAGCAGAUGCAUGUGAUAUUGAUGAAAUUGAAGAAGUCCCGACUACAAGUCACAGGCUGUCCAGAAAUGAUAAGUCUGUCCAGCGACUGCUUGAGAAUAAUGUGCUGCUGGAUGAUUUUGAACAUGCAUCAAAGAAUUUUGAAAUUGUGGACCUUGGACAUACACCAGCAUGAGUAUCUCGGACAUCAAUUUAUCACCUGUUUCCUGAACCAAAUGUAGAUGUGCAAUAAUGAUGUAAAGACGAGUCUUUGUGUAGCCUUUUGUUUGAGCUGCAAUCGGAUCCAGGAUUACAAAUAUUUAUAUGUUUAUUUAAGACAAAUACAGGCUGAAGAUCAAGUACAAUGGUGGAAGACCAAGGAUCCAGAAGAAUGUAACUCAGCUCUGAGGAGUAAUUCCUCAAAUGCAAAAUAAAUAAAACUAUAAUAUGUCCAUAUUGGAGCACUGUAGAAUCCAGUCAUUUUAUUCAUCCUAUUUCAUCACAACUAUGAUGAAUUCAAAUAUGUGUUUUCUCUAAAUAUUGCUUGUAAAAUAUAAAAUAAUUUGGAAAGUUUUAUUUCAUGAAAGGUAGUUCCAAAAAUUCCCAAUUUUGUUAUGACAACUAAAUCAUAAACGUAGCUCUUAUUUUCUUUUUACUAUGUUACUGAGAUAUUCUUUAUGUGUUCAAUACACAUUAUGCCAUCUAUUUUCUUUUUGUAGUUUCAGAGCCAUCUUCACUCAUUUAGAUCAGUUCCUCGCCAGUACCAAUGACAGUAACGUAGCGUGCGAGAUUUAGUCUUAAGUUUUAAAAUAGUUUUGUUUUAAUGCAACUGGAAAUUCUAAGAAAAUUAUUACAAGAGAUCCCAAUUAAUUAUAAAGGGAUCUUAAUAUAUUUUCAGGGAUGAUUGAAAAUAAUGGAGUCAUAGACUACCUAUAAAUAUUGUAUUUUUCUAACUACAUCCCUAUCUGUGCUUUAGGCUUCGAUUUUCACACUUUCUGAAAUGAUUGUGUCAGACUGAUGAGGGAAAUUGAAAUCUGCUUCAAAACUUCGAAUGAAUAUUCAUAAAUAACACUUCAUUUAUCAGUAAUGUAUCUGUAACCAACAUUGACAAAUUGUUGAGAACUGAAAACCAACAUAAUAGUUGAUUUCUGACAGAGGUUAUUGCACAUUGUUUACUGUUUAGGAUAUAUAACUGUCAGCCAUGUAUCAUAACUGUUUUCAUCUAUGGGCACAAAUUGCUAUAUACUAGGCAUUUCACUGUAAUACAGCCACUUCUUUUGACAGAUGCAUAAAGUUGUAUUUUUUCUUAAUUAGGGCAAAUAAUACAAUGUUUCCACAGUAUGAAAUAAUGGUAUGAUAGAUACUGUAAAUUACUGUUUUGCAUGCAUUUAUAUGAUCAUCUACUUUUGUCUAAAAUCUUUGCACAAAUGUCUUGUGUAUUUGGGUGAAUACAGGUAUAUAACUGAUGAACUUUGCAGUUGUUAAGAACAUUGUCUAUUUUAUUGUGCAUUGUAUUUCUUCAAGCUGGGGAGAAGUGACUGAAGUAGGGUGGACUACGUAAAUGGCAUUAUAUCUUGGUCAACUAAUACAUAAACUAACAGCAUAGAUAAGCUUUCUAGGGAUUUGUGCAGAAAAUCUGGUCCGAUACGGUCUAGUUUUGUAUGACACGUUCUGCCUUUUUUUUAAGUUAUUGCACUACAGGGCACAGCUAUUGAAUCGGAGCAUGUACUAUUCUACUAGGAUCUAUAAAUGUUAUUGAGAAAUGCAUAGCAGUAACAGAAAAAUAUAAAACAAUUUUACAUUAAUAAAGGGAAAACAAAGUGUAAGAUUUGCUAUUAGCUCAACAGUGGUAUCCAGACUGACACUUUAAUACAGUACAUUGUUCGAAGUGCUAUCUUUCAGCUGAGAUGUUAACACCAUCUGCCCUUUUAAGUGAAUGUAAAAAGAUCU